UUGCACGUUUCUAUCUUAUCACAAUGAAGACCUUCUCGCUCUCCCUCGCUCUUCUGGCCGCUGCCAGCAUGGUCAGCGCUGAUGUUUCCGUCAGCGACUGCGCUGUAUGUUUACUCUGACGUUAUUGUUGUUGACGCGCCUUACUGACCAGAGCGCGUCUUUAGCAAAUGUGUCUCAGCAACAUGAGCGGAAAGGCGUCUGAGCUUGGCUGCUCCAGCGGCGACCUGUCCUGCCUGUGCAGCAAGCCCGACUACAGCUACGGUAUUCGCGACUGCACCGCUCAGGCUUGCCCCAAUGAUGACGCCAACGCCGUUGUCUCGUCGGCUCUUGCUUCUUGCCCCACCUCCUCUGGCAGCUCCGACUCUGCUUCUGCUACUGGUGCUUCUAGCACUGGCUCCGGCGCUAGCGGUGCUGGAUCUACCACCUCUGCCUCCUCUGCCUCCUCUGCCUCCUCUGCCUCCUCUGCCUCCUCUGCCUCCUCGGCUAGCGGCAGUGGUGCCUCGUCUGCCUCUGGAACCAACAGUGGUAACACCAGCGGUGCCACGACUGGCGCUACCACCAGUGGAGCGACUUCUGGUGCGACCACCCUGAGCACUAUCACCAGCACGAGCACUAGCACCGGCACUGUCUCUGGUCAGACCACUCUGAGCACUAUCACUGGAACCAGCACUAGCACCGGUACUGUCUCUGGUGCCACUUCGGGCUCUUCUGGCAGCUCUACCUCUGGCUCUGGCUCUGGUUCUGGAUCUGGCUCUUCCGGCUCUGGCGGCUCUUCCUCUGCGACCGGAACUGCUCCCUCUUCCUCCGAGACUACUGGUGCUGCCCCCAAGCUUAACGUUGCCAGCAGUGGAAUUGCCGGUGCCCUUGGUCUCGCUGCUAUGUUCCUUCUCUAAGUGACUGGUGAAUGACUUGAUGGCUUGGACAUUCCAGGCGCCAAGACGGGACUGAAAACCUGACUUGGAUUGUUUCACUAUCAUGGUUUACGACUUCUACGUUUUCUUUGCGGCUUGUAUAUGUUAAUAGGAUGGGUCAUAGCUUAAUGACUAGUAGAUAAUGUGCCGACUGCCC